UCCGGGUUUCCUCCGCCUCCUCCUCCUCUCCUCCUUCUUCUCCGCUGCCGCCGCCGCUGCCCCUUUCCCGGCCGGUGGCUGCCGCUGCCGGUGCCGCCGCCGCCGCCUCCUGGGGGCCGCGAGCCGAGCGGAGACCGCCGCGGAGCGCGAGCGCCGCCCGCCCCGCCGCCCCACCGGCCGCUCCAGGGCCCGGCCGGCUCGGCCGGCGCCCCCCGCGCCCCCAGCCCGCCCGCCCCCGCGGGCCCGGCCUGGCGCGGCCGCCCGCCGCCGCGCUCCUCCUCCUCCUCCUCCAGUGCCCGGCGGCCCGCUGCCUCCUCCGCCCGCCGCCCCGCGUCCCCCGCCGCGCCGCCGCCGCCACCCUCUGCGCCCCGCGCCGCCCCCCGGUCCCGCCCGCCAUGCCUGGCCCGGCCGCGGGCAGCAGGGCCCGGGUCUACGCCGAGGUGAACAGCCUGAGGAGCCGCGAGUACUGGGACUACGAGGCUCACGUCCCAAGCUGGGGUAAUCAAGAUGAUUACCAACUGGUUCGAAAACUUGGUCGGGGAAAAUAUAGUGAAGUAUUUGAGGCCAUUAAUAUCACCAACAAUGAGAGAGUGGUUGUAAAAAUCCUGAAGCCAGUGAAGAAAAAGAAGAUAAAACGAGAGGUUAAGAUUCUGGAGAACCUUCGUGGUGGAACAAAUAUCAUUAAGCUGAUUGACACUGUAAAGGACCCCGUGUCAAAGACACCAGCUUUGGUAUUUGAAUAUAUCAAUAAUACAGAUUUUAAGCAACUCUACCAGAUCCUGACAGACUUUGAUAUCCGGUUUUAUAUGUAUGAACUACUUAAAGCUCUGGAUUACUGCCACAGCAAGGGAAUCAUGCACAGGGAUGUGAAACCUCACAAUGUCAUGAUAGAUCACCAACAGAAAAAGCUGCGACUGAUAGAUUGGGGUCUGGCAGAAUUCUAUCAUCCUGCUCAGGAGUACAAUGUUCGUGUAGCCUCAAGGUACUUCAAGGGACCAGAGCUCCUCGUGGACUAUCAGAUGUAUGAUUAUAGCUUGGACAUGUGGAGUUUGGGCUGUAUGUUAGCAAGCAUGAUCUUUCGAAGGGAACCGUUCUUCCAUGGACAGGACAACUAUGACCAGCUUGUUCGCAUUGCCAAGGUUCUGGGUACAGAAGAACUGUAUGGGUAUCUGAAGAAAUAUCACAUAGACCUAGAUCCACACUUCAACGAUAUCCUGGGACAACAUUCACGGAAACGCUGGGAAAACUUUAUCCAUAGUGAGAACAGACACCUCGUCAGCCCUGAGGCCCUAGAUCUUCUGGACAAACUUCUGCGAUACGACCAUCAACAGAGACUGACUGCCAAAGAGGCCAUGGAGCACCCAUACUUCUACCCUGUGGUGAAGGAGCAGUCCCAGCCUUGUGCAGACAAUGCUGUGCUUUCCAGUGGUCUCACGGCAGCACGAUGAAGACUGGAAAGCGACGGGUCUGUUGCGGUUCUCCCACUUUUCCAUAAGCAGAACAAGAACCAAAUCAAACGUCUUAACGCGUAUAGAGAGAUCACGUUCCGUGAGCAGACACAAAACGGUGGCAGGUUUGGCGAGCACGAACUAGACCAAGCGAAGGGCAGCCCACCACCGUAUAUCAAACCUCACUUCCGAAUGUAAAAGGCUCACUUGCCUUUGGCUUCCUGUUGACUUCUUCCCGACCCAGAAAGCAUGGGGAAUGUGAAGGGUAUGCAGAAUGUUGGUUACUGUUGCUCCCCGAGCCCCUCAACUCGUCCCGUGGCCGCCUGUUUUUCCAGCAAACCACGCUAACUAGCUGACCACAGACUCCACAGUGGGGGGACGGGGGCAGUAUGUGGCAUGGCGGCAGUUACAUAUUAUUAUUUUAAAAGUAUAUAUUAUUGAAUAAAAGGUUUUAAAAGAAA